AUGAAGCCGGGAACCCGCCUCAAGUCCCGGCGAGGCAGCGCCGGCGACGACGAGGAGGCUUCUGGCGGUGGGGAGUACAGCAGCUUCCCGCUGACCCCGCGCAGAGACUACUGCUGGUCGUCGGGGCUGCUCAAGGCGGUGGUGGCGCUGGCGAUCCUCAUGGCCGGCGUGCUGAUCGGGCUGGCGGGCAGCGCCAACGUGUCGCGCUACUACUACUACUACUACAGCAGCAUGGGAUUGGGGUCGUCGUCUCUUUCCUCCCUGCAGGUAGAGGCGGCAGAGGUAGAGGCAGCGUUCCGUGGGUUCUUGGACCCCGGGCCUCCGUGGGGUCACUCGAUGUCGGACUCGGAGCUGUUCUGGCGCGCGUCCAUGGCGCCCCGCAUGGAGGAGUACCCGUUCCAGCGCGUGCCCAAGGUGGCGUUUCUGUUCCUCGCGCGCGGGCCGCUGCCGUUCGCGCCGCUGUGGGAGCGCUUCUUCCGCGGGCACGAGGGGCUCUACUCGGUGUACGUGCACGCGCUGCCGGGCUACGCGGGCCGCUACCGGCGCUCGUCGCCGUUCCACGGGCGGCAGAUCCCCAGCCGGGAGGUGUCGUGGGGAUCCAUCACGCUGGUGGACGCGGAGAAGCGGCUGCUGGCCAACGCGCUGCUGGACUGGUCCAACCAGCGCUUCGUGCUGGUGUCGGAGAGCUGCGUACCCGUCUUCAACUUCCGGACGGUGUACGAGUACCUGGUGAACUCGGCGCACAGCUACGUGGAGUCGUACAACAUCGACGUGCCCCAGUGCGCGGGGCGCUACAACCCGCGGAUGGCGCCCGACAUCCUGGAGGAGCAGUGGCGCAAGGGCUCCGAGUGGUUCGAGCUCAGCCGGGAGCUCGCCGUCGACGUGGUGGCGGACCAGCGCUACCACGCGCUGUUCCGGCGGCACUGCACGCCGUCGUGCUACCCCGACGAGCACUACAUCCCGACCUACCUGCACCUGUGGCACGGCGCGCGCAACGCCAACCGGACCGUCACCUGGGUGGACUGGUCUCGCGGGGGCCCGCACCCGGCGCGCUUCGGCAAGGCCGCCACCACGGCCGCCUUCGUCGCCGCCAUCCGCAGCAACGGCACGCGCUGCCUGUACAACGGCAAGCCCACCACGGUGUGCUACCUCUUCGCCAGGAAGUUCGCGCCCAGCGCGCUGGAGACGCUGCUCAACCUCAGCACCACGCUGCUAGACUUCUGA